AUGAAGUCUCGCUUCCCGUUUGAAGUCUCCAGUGGGCGGGCGUCGGAGGCGGGCUCAGCCAGCCAGGAGGUUCGGUUGCGCGUGUGCCAUGGACUCAGCCGCCCGGUGAUAUUGACAAUAGGAGAGAGAAAGGGGCAUUGACGGGGACCCUGCGCGGGUAGCGAACGGCGGCUCUGGCAGCGGCGGCUCCGGCGGCUCCAGCUCCUCCUCCCGACUCCCGUGCUCGCUGCCGCUGCAGAUCCAGGCUUCCUCCCUCCUCCCCCCUCCCCGCGUCGCCGCCGCCGCCGCCGCCACCGCCGCCGCCGCCGGGUCCGGUGCAACGAGCAGAGGCGCCGCCCGCCGGGAAUGUGAACGAAGAGCCACCGGCCGAGCCGCAACCGGGUCGGUACCGAUUUGAUGGGACGGGCCCGCGGGGGAGGCUCGUGAGGCCGCCGCUGCCACUGCCGGAGCGCUGAGGUUUGGGGGCCAGCCGAGAGGCCUAGAAGCACCGCCGCCACCGCGGAACCGGAGGGACGUCGCCCCGGACUGCUGUAGCCCGGGGCUCUCCGCCGCUGCCCGGACCUCUCCUUGUGCGUCCCGGGCCGCCGCCCGCCCCUGCCGCGGCCCCUAGCCUGCCGCCCGCCCAGCGCAGCCACAGAUCAUCUUCGAUUCUUCCCCAGGAGCUUCAAGUAGGGAUAUGUCCUCAGCACCAACUACUCCUCCAUCAGUGGAUAAAGUAGACGGAUUUUCUCGGAAGUCCGUCAGAAAAGCCAGACAGAAGAGGUCGCAAAGCUCCUCACAGUUUAGAUCUCAAGGCAAGCCCAUUGAGCUCACACCUCUGCCGCUGCUGAAAGACGUUCCAACCUCAGAGCAGCCUGAACUGUUCCUAAAGAAACUUCAGCAGUGCUGUGUCAUUUUUGACUUCAUGGACACGCUAUCUGAUCUUAAAAUGAAAGAGUACAAGCGCUCCACUCUUAAUGAACUGGUGGACUACAUUACAAUAAGCAGAGGCUGUCUGACAGAGCAGACUUACCCUGAAGUAGUUAGAAUGGUAUCUUGCAAUAUAUUCAGAACUCUCCCUCCUAGUGACAGCAAUGAAUUCGACCCAGAAGAAGAUGAACCUACCCUCGAGGCAUCGUGGCCCCACUUACAGCUUGUAUAUGAAUUUUUCAUACGAUUUUUGGAAAGUCAAGAAUUCCAACCCAGCAUUGCCAAAAAAUACAUAGAUCAGAAAUUUGUAUUACAGCUUCUGGAGCUAUUUGACAGUGAAGACCCCCGAGAACGGGACUAUUUAAAAACAGUUUUGCACAGGAUUUACGGCAAGUUUCUCGGGCUUAGAGCAUUUAUCCGAAAACAAAUUAACAAUAUUUUUCUAAGGUUUGUUUAUGAAACAGAACACUUCAAUGGUGUAGCUGAACUGCUGGAAAUAUUAGGAAGUAUUAUCAAUGGCUUCGCUUUACCACUGAAGGCAGAGCACAAACAGUUCCUGGUCAAAGUGUUGAUCCCUCUGCACACCGUCAGGAGCCUGUCACUCUUCCAUGCCCAGCUGGCGUAUUGUAUAGUACAGUUUCUGGAGAAAGAUCCUUCACUCACAGAACCAGUUAUUAGGGGGUUAAUGAAAUUUUGGCCUAAAACAUGCAGUCAAAAAGAGGUCAUGUUCCUUGGGGAGCUGGAAGAAAUCUUGGAUGUGAUUGAACCAUCACAAUUUGUUAAAAUCCAAGAACCUUUGUUUAAACAAAUUGCCAAGUGUGUUUCUAGCCCCCAUUUUCAGGUGGCAGAAAGGGCACUCUAUUAUUGGAAUAAUGAAUACAUCAUGAGUUUGAUAGAAGAAAACUCGAACGUCAUCCUUCCCAUCAUGUUCUCCAGUCUUUAUAGGAUUUCCAAAGAGCACUGGAAUCCGGCUAUUGUGGCACUGGUGUACAACGUGUUGAAGGCCUUUAUGGAAAUGAACAGCACUAUGUUUGACGAGCUGACAGCCACAUACAAGUCAGAUCGUCAGCGUGAGAAAAAGAAAGAAAAGGAGCGUGAAGAAUUGUGGAAAAAAUUGGAGGAUCUGGAGUUAAAGAGAGGUCUUAGGCGUGAUGGGAUAAUUCCAACUUAACAACAAUCUGACCACGACAUCACUAACCCAUGGGGUCACACGCUUAUGUAGUAGAAGGAUGGAGCAACAGUUUUCUGUAUUGUGCAACUUUACAGUAGAUUUCACAUUUGUCUCAUUAUUACAACAGCACUGUAUAUACCUGUCUCUAAGUAAAGGAAAACAUAAGGACUUCAAUCCAAAGUUUGGACAGUAGAUGGACUUCUCAGAACUUUGCAAACAUAAUCAUUGUUCUAACCCUCUUUAAAACAAAACAAAACAAAACAAAAGGUCUUCAGAGAUCUCUUGGUGAAAUUGCUAUGUUAAAAUUCCAUUAUCAGGAGUUCCUUAUUUAUCACUAGCAGAGAGUAUGAUACAAUUUUCAAAUGUGAACAAUCUUAAAUUUAGCUUGUCUUUCUGCUAAGCUGUUAAAUGUAUUUAUAGUAAAGGAAGAAAAGAUUGUCAUUUCUUUAUAAGUUUGUACAACACCCUCCUCUGGACAACUUGACUGUAAUUUGACAUCCUUUCCUUUUGCACAUCUUCAUGAGUCGAAUGUUCACGUGGAAUGGGGCAGUGAAUUAUAGAGGUCCCUGGUGAAGUGUAUCUGCUGGGUGAACAUCUUCCCAGUGCCCAGGUGUUCCUGGUACUCCUUUAGUUUUCAGAUUAGGAGUAAAAAAAGAAGAGGUGAUGAUAAGCAUAAAAAAGAAGAGGUGAUAAGCAUAGUAGCGAAGGGAAUGUUGGGCUUCGUAUCAGAUAUGGUGAGUCCAAAUCAAUGUCUUGAAUCCUUUGAAAACAGGCAGCGGGACGCGCAGGCUUCAGCACCUGCAGCAUUAGCUGCAGACAUCAUUGUGCAUCCAGACCAGAGACAAUUUAGAAAUGUCAGAGAAACAUCCUUUCCGACCCUAUGAAGUAAGAAAGACAGAACACUAAGUGAUAGAACCAUGAAGCUGAGCACCAGGACUGCGCAUCCAAUUGGGAACCCAGUUGAGCAAACAGCACGAACUGUUUGGAGUUGUUGCCUUACUUUCUAAUAUGUACUUACGAAGUAUUUCAGCAAAAGAGGAUGCAGCCUCUGGGAGAAACAAAACAUGUUCCAGUGUUUUUUGUAGAUUCUUGUUCCAUAGCUCAUCACAGCGCCAGCCCUGUUUUUAGCCAGAAAGGAUUCAGGAUCAACAUUAUGCAUUCUGAUAUGGAUGCAUAUUCCUAACUACUGUAUUUGUUACCAAAAGUGGUUCUACAAAUGCUACUGAAAAAAAUCUGGAAAUUCCUAAUGUCCUGAGUAUUAAUAAUAAAGUUUAAAAAAUGCUUUUAUAUCAAA